CGAUCGAUAUUGAACAAUACAAUCGCCACUGGGAGAACGUCCUUCCCUUUGUGUUCAGCUUGUCGCUUGUUUCUAGCGCUAUGCCGUUCUCUCGUGCUCAAUCGCCUGGCCGGUCUUUCUUCUUGACCCGCUAAACCAUCGUGCGUGGUCCCGAUCUUGGCUUCUCCGCCCGUCAAAUCUCCUGUCCUUGGCCUGGUGCCUCCUGUCUUCCAAACUGUUAUCGCAUAUAGCCUAGCACCAGAGACCAUGGCGACGGGGAUUCCCGUGUCCAGCACGGAUACAAUUUCCUCUUUCCCGCAAGGAUAUGGUUUUGGUCACUCACGAGGGCAUGGCCACUCGCGCUCCGCACGCCCGGCACGCACCCCCCUCUCCAACUCCAUAUCAUCCAACGACGUACCCUCUCCCCAACAACCCCUAUCACGUCCAGUGACAGAUACAGAUCAUUCCAAUGGCCAUAUGGACGAUUCGAAACCCUGUGGCCAUCAUCAUUCACAUUCCCACGCUUCAACCCCCCAUGACCAUAUCGAGCCUCCCACCACUAUCCAUGCCUACGGAGACCUUGUGAAACCUGGUGAACGACUUAUUGUCUCGAAGAUACAGUCAGAGUUGAUGCCAAGAUCACAUGAGGAGGUAGUGGCGGGAUUGAUUAUCGCUUUGCCCUGGAUUGCUCUGUCGUGGUACUACGAGCAUUAUGCCCAAUGGACACCGCAGGAAGAGGGUGCACUGAUAUCAAUUGGAAAAUUAGACCAUGCUACUUCACACACUUGGAAUCUGGCAGCUGGAACACUGCUAUUGUACGGUUGUGGUCAAUUAGUCCGCCUAAGCCAGCGAGCUGCAAAUAGUUCCGAGACCAAGAUGCCCAAACUGGAUGCAACCACAGCCCAUGUCACAUUCACACAAAUCUGCUCAAUCUCAUUACCGAUAUAUGCCACUCUUAAAGUAGGCGGAUUUCUUGUCGCAUUUGCCAUGGCUCUUGCGGUGGGGGCUGGGAUCCCAACAUUGGUCCGGAGCCAGCGUUCAAAGGGCAAGCUCAACCUCAAGAAAUUGACGGUAAUACUUCUUCCCGCGGCGAUUUUGUUUAGCUUUCUGGGGAUCAAUUCGCCCUGGGAUAGUCAGCCGCUCUUCGGCUACAUAGCCCUUCUCAUUUCGGUCUUCCUCCUGCGUCCCCCAUUCUCCGCUAUCACCCAGUCUGGCUCGGUACCUGGAACAGGUCUUGACUCGUCGCAAGUACCCCCAAAUACGGAAAUCUCUUACCGUGAUUCACUCAUAGCUAUCCUAUCUGGCCUUUCGGCCCUUCUCGUGUCCAUCGUGGCAGGAAAACUCACCUGUGACAUCUCGGCUGCUGCAUAUCUACUGGCAGUCGCGGGGUCAUUUGCGACAUGCCUCGCGUAUCUUAUUCCCUCUGAUCUGUCCAGCCCAAACAAGAUUGGUCUAGCUGUAGCUACCGGAAGCGCUGCCAUAUUCUGCUCUCCGCCUGCCCGCUCUGAUAUCUACAUAGUUUAUAUUUUCCGCGGCUUUCUGGCCGCCGUAUGCUUCUUUGCGGCCAGAUAUGACGACAGACAUUCCCGCCUUGUGGUACAUUCUCACCAUCAUGACCGCUCUAGAGUCGAGGCAUCGCGAGCAACGAAACUCAUUCUGCAGUAUAGUGAGCCGUACCCGCUACUGUAUAGCAUACUCAAGGAGAGUGAUUCGCGCCGCAUCUUCUAUUUCAUGAGUCUGAACUUUGGCUUCAUGCUUGUCCAAUUAUCCUACGGCUUUGCCACGGGGUCCCUUGGACUACUCAGUGAUAGUAUUCACAUGUUCUUUGACUGCCUGGCCCUUGUCGUUGGUCUCUGUGCUGCUGUCAUGAGCAAAUGGCCCCCAAGCACAAGGUUCCCGUACGGCUAUGGCAAAGUAGACACCCUUUCUGGGUUCGCCAACGGCAUUUUUCUCAUGAUUAUAAGCGUCGAGAUCAUAUAUGAAGCGGUCGAAAGAUUGUCAUCUGGCAGCCAAAUGCAUCGCCUUGGAGAACUUCUGGUGGUUAGCCUUGCAGGUCUCUGUGUGAAUCUCGUGGGAAUCAUGGCUUUCGAACACGGGCAUGCCCACGGACAUGACCAUGGCCACGGUCACUCGCACGGUCACGGAAAUGAAAACAUGCAUGGCAUCUUCCUCCAUAUCCUCGCGGAUACUCUGGGUUCUGUGGCUGUUGUGAUCUCAACCAUUCUUGUUCAUUAUUCUGGCUGGUCAGGAUAUGACCCGAUUGCAUCCUGUUUAAUUGCAAUUUUGAUUUUCGCCUCUGCUGUGCCGUUGGUCAGCAGCACAGCCAAGACCUUGCUGCUCGCCUUACCAGCUGAUAUCGAAUACAAUGUUCGUGAAACUCUGGCAGGUGUCAGUACCUUACGAGGUGUAGUGGGGUAUACUGUUCCCAAAUUCUGGUUGGAUGACACUGAACCGAAGUCUUCGAGCCAUGAUCACGGCCAUGAUCAUGGCUGCAGUCAUACCCACAACCAUGGUCAUAGUCACAAUCACAGUCACACUCGUACACAUACGCACAGCGAUCCAUAUACACAUAGCCCUAAUCAUGAUCACGACCACGACCACGACCACAGUCACAAUCACAACCACAACCAUGAUCACGCACAUGAAAAACACACUCGCCCUGUCUUGGGCGUAAUCCACGUCAUUGCCUCACGUGCGGCCGAUCUCGAAGACGUCCGCGAACGAACUACUGAGUACCUCCGCGAAAAGGGCAUGGAUAUUCUUGUCCAGGUUGAACGCGAAGGAGAAGGCCGUUGUUGGUGUGGGGGUGGUGCAAAUAAGACUUCGUAAACCCUUUUUUUUUUUUUUUU